GCAGGCGAAAGGAUCUCUUUCCCUGCUGAAAGCAAUGGUUGGAAAAGUUUAUAGAGGCCGGAGUUAGAACGUGCCCACUCUUCUUGGGCGGGUGUUCUAUAAAUGAAAAAAAUCUAUUGAUCCAUGAUGCUUGGAACGUAACCUGUCCGAGAUGCGAUGUUUCUCUGCCUGCGUUCCCGUUGUUAAAAAGCAAACAAACUUUUUGCGUAGUUCCCUCGGAAAAGCUACCAUCUCCCCAGCCCACCAUGGCGGAUGAAAUUGAUUUCACUACUGGAGAUGCUGGAGCUUCCAGCACUUACCCUAUGCAGUGCUCGGCCCUGCGCAAAAACGGCUUCGUGGUUCUCAAAGGACGACCAUGCAAAAUAGUGGAGAUGUCAACUUCCAAAACUGGAAAGCACGGUCAUGCCAAGGUUCACCUUGUUGGAAUUGAUAUUUUCACCGGCAAAAAAUAUGAAGAUAUUUGCCCUUCUACUCACAACAUGGAUGUUCCAAAUAUUAAGAGAAAUGAUUAUCAACUAAUAUGCAUUCAGGAUGGUUACCUUUCCCUGCUGACAGAAACUGGUGAAGUUCGUGAGGAUCUUAAGCUGCCAGAAGGUGAACUAGGUAAAGAAAUAGAAGGAAAAUACAAUGCAGGUGAAGAUGUACAGGUGUCUGUUAUGUGUGCAAUGAGUGAAGAAUAUGCUGUAGCCAUAAAGCCCUGCAAAUAAAUGGGACCAUCAGGCAUGAGCAAAAUGUUUAGGUCUGGACCAACCACAGAUCUAAAGUUUGGUUCUAAGUUGUCACCAAAGCUAUUGCCUUCAUAAGCAACCUCAUUUCUUUUUUUAAUUGUUUUGAAAUUGUACUGAGUUCGUUUUACAGGCAUUUAGUAACUUAAAAGAAUCAAGAUGUAAAAUUCUGGUUUUUUUAGUUUUGUAGGUGUCUCCCCUAUACCUUUCCUGUGGUUUUCAGUGAGUCCAAGAAACAGAUAAGAUGGCUUCAGCAGAUAUGAUUUGUCUGAGGAAAUUGUUCCUGAAUUUUAGUUGAUAAAUAAACCAGGGUUUUAAAUCAGACAAUGUAGCAUCUAGUGGUAUUGAAGUACCACAUUUAAGUUGAAUUGUUCUGCAUUAAUUUCAGACUUACAGAAUAAGUAGAUUAUGGAUUGGAAUUGUCACAGCUUCAGCCUGUGUGUGGCAAGCACAAAUCCUUAAACAGAAAUCAUGUUAUCGAAAAGUGUCGGUUAUCUUGGUAGGCAUGUGCAGCCACCUGUAUACCUCAGUCAUACUUUUCUUUGCCAAAUUGUUGGAGGACUAAACAUAACCUAUAUAGUGAUUUGAUACCUGCUAGUGGUUGACAAAGAGGCAUUGAACUGUCUGGUGACUAUUAUUAGCCAGACAUUAUAAAGGAGUCUGCAAGGAACAGUGGCACAGUGCGUUGGUUAGAACUCCAGGUCUUUACUGGAGGCCUGUGUAAUCAGCAUAAAAAUAGGAAGUUUCUUUCUAGUUAUGUUUUUGCUUUUUCCUUUUGUUCUCUUUCUGUAUUUAAAGGAGUGACUGCUUUAUAGGAUAUUAUACAGUGCUUUUUACCAAUUAUGUUAAAUAAAUUGUUGUUAUUUAUAGUAGUCACUCCUUUCCAACCAUUUUUAAGGAGUUUUUUUGACAUUAAAAUAUUUAAUUGUCAGACAAAAACUGGAAAUUCUUACUUUAAAUUGGUUUGGAACAUUGUUAAAUUUAUGUACACUUUUUCUAAAGUGAAAUGAAAGUAAAUCAUGGAAGAAGAGUUAUUUUAUACGAUAAUUAUUUUACUUAUUUUAAGAAGUACAUGUAUUUUUUUCUUCUGAUUGUUAUUUACUUAAUUCAGUUACUGGUAUGAAACAUAACUAGGAAAGAAUUCUACAUACCAAAUUAUUUUAAAAACUGUUUUAGGUGAGUCAGCUACAUUUCUCUUUAGUCUUUUGGAUUGUGAUAUCUUAUUUCCAGGAUUCUAGACAUGGUCACAGGGUUUGUGAGGACCUUUGACUUAAUAACAAUCAUAUUGAAAUGAAACUUAGAACAAAAUCACUACUUUACUAAUACCUUCAUGCUCUAAGACUGAAUAUGAAACUGUUCCCAUCAUCCCUUGUCCUCUGGAAGGCCUUUGUUUCUAUCAUCUAGAGGAAAACAUACAUGAUGCUGUAACUCAUCUAAUCAGUGACUGAAUAUAGCAUUAGGAAUAGAAGAUCCCAAAGGUUUCAGUUACUUAAUUUGUGCACAUUUUAAAAUCUUGUAUUGGCUUCAGCAAACCCAUUUGGAAAGAAACAAGAUACUUUAAGAGAAAUGCAAGGAGAAUUCUAAAGCACAAGAAAUACUGAGAUUGUAGUUAAUCAUUUUAGUGUAACAUUUUAGCUUUUUCCUAUCUAAAGCACAAUUAGGAAUUAGGCUAAAUUCUUUCCAAUAUUCCGUUUAAGUAUCUACUAUAUUCUGCUCUAGUUUUUUAGUACUCUGUACCAUGUGUUUUACUUGUUGCUGGUUAGUAUUGUUACCCACAGGAAUCCCAAGAAGUUCUCAAUCUGUGCUGCUUGCUGGUCACUCAUAUGACCCCAGUUAACCAUAUUAGUGUUCUGGUUUACUAUUAAUUCUGGAUUAGCAUGCCCUUGUUGUUCCUAACUUGUCAAACUUCACAUAAAUACAUUUCCAAUUGUGAGGUAAGCAUAUAUAAAUUAUAAUAAUGCAUCUCUUAUCUUCCUACCUUGAAUGGCAAAAGCUAUUUAUGCAUAAAUAUUUUAAGUACAAUAAUGAAGUGUAAAUACUCUUCUGACAUAUAAUUAUAAGUAUAGAUUUUAAAGAUACGGGACUGUUUAUUUUCACAUAAGUCAAUAUAUGUUUCUCUAGAACAAAAUAUUUCAUUUAGUAAAGCUUUAUAAAU